AUUUAUUUUUAUUAUGAAGUAAAUUAAUUUAAUUUAGCUUACAGAAAAUAGAGUUAUCAUUAUUUACUAAGAAUGGAAGAUGUUACAGAAAAUGUUACAGAGCCACAGAAAUAUGAUAUUGAAUUGCUAAUCAAAGAGCUCAAAGAAGUAGUUGAGAAUAAGGAUGAGUCAGAGAGUAAUCGUGAUGAGCAAAUAAUUCAAAAAUUAGAUAUUUUAGCUGAUGCCGCUAAGGCAUGUAAAGAAGAUGAAGUUCCGAUUACCCUUGAUAAUGUGUUCCUCACUCUUCUAACUCAUGACUCAAAUGUCAUCUUAGCAAAAACAGCCAAAACUAUAGCAGAAAUAGCACAAACUGAUUUAGGUCGAGAAAAAUGUACUCAGAGUAAUUUAACUACGAAACUGAUGGAUUUAUUGAAAGGCGAUGACGUUAAUAUUCUUAUUCAAACGUCUAGAGCACUUGGCAACAUCUGUUACCAAAAUGAGGAUGGAAAUAAGAUGGUACAAGAACAUAAUGGUUUGAAAUAUAUUUUAAAAGUAUUAUCUCGUGGAGUAAACCUCGGACAUGCUGAAGGUGCCGAAUUUUUGAGAAUUGUCGCUGCUGGAUUUUUAUUAAACUAUCUUGUUGAUCAAGAAGCUUUACAGAACGAAGCAAUAGAACAAGGGGUAGUUUCACUUCUCUGUGAUGUCUUAGAACUCGAUGGACACGAAGCGAGUCAAUCAGCAAUGCAUACUCUGCUAACAUUAGAAAUACUUAAUGAAAGUGGAAUUCAUUUCCUAGAUGAAAGACUUACAAGAGUAUUAGUUAAUAUGCUAGGUAAUGAUACAGCAUCUGAAUUAGCAGCAAUUUGUCUAGAAGUUCUUCAUGGCCAAGCAGAAAAUGAAAGUUCAAAAAUGUUAUUAGCUAAAUCGGGAAUUUGUCAAUUAUUAUUAAGGCUUCUAGAAAAACAUGUAACAGAAUGUGUCAAUGAAGAGACUAGAACCGUACUAAAAGUAGCAUGUAAUUUAAUUGUAUUAAUUAUAACUGGAGAUGAAAGUAUGAAAUAUCUCUAUGGAAAAGGUAAAGGAGCUGUUUAUACCAAGCUUAUAACAUGGUUGAGAAGCAACUUUGAUAUUGAUCUCCAAAUCGCAGCAGUACUAGCCAUGGGUAAUUUUGCCCGAACUGAUGCUCACUGUCAAUUUAUGAUAGACCAAGGUGUUCACCAAAAAUUAUUUCAACUCUUGAGAGAAAAUAGCGGCAGCGAUGGUGAUAUUCGUUUCCAGCAUGCUCUACUGAGUGCAAUCCGCAAUCUUGUAAUUCCAAUAAGAAACAAGCCAAUCAUGCUAGCUGAAGGUCUCAUUGAUGUUGUCUAUCCUAUGUUAAAUAUUCCAACAUUUCCAGUAGUCUUCAAACUGUUGGGAACAUUGAGAAUAGUCAUAGACAAACAACAACAUGCGGCAAUUGCUUUAGGAAAGAAGGACGAUUUAAUUACGAAAACUAUUGAAUGGUGUAAAACAGAAGACCAUCCUGGUGUUCAAGGAGAAGCUAAUAGAUUGAUUGCCUGGUUGGUUAUUCAUAGUAAAAAUGCAGACGUUGUUUAUUCUAUAAUUAAUCAUGGUGCUAUUAAAUACCUCGUAAAAAUGAUAAAUGGAUCUCAUUCUCUUAUGCAGAAUGAAGCUCUUUUAAGUUUAGUCAUUAUAACAUCUACUGCUCUCGGUAAAUGUGAAAAGGAUCUUAUUGAUGCUAAUAUUGGAGAGGCUUUAAGAAAAUUUUUCGAAGAUAAGGUUCCAAUGAUAGAAGCUCCAAUGUUAGAAAAUGCAAUUACUCUCAUUUUAACUAUAAUUCAAUCAGAUGAUGUCAAAAAACAUAUAAAACAAUCAAAUUUACUCCAAGUCGUGGAUGGUCCAAAGAUGUCAAACAAAUCGAAUAGUAUGCUUGAGAAUAAAAUAAAAAAAAUGAUUAAUCAACUUAUGGACUGAAUGAAAUAUUUAAGCAGACUGAUUAUAAAAUAACAAGAGAUUCUGUCACAAGAAAAAUAAAAUUUAAAUUCCUAUUUUUACUACCUUAAAGUUUAUCAAAAGAAAAAAAACAAACAAACGCAACAAACCAAA